GGCGGCUUCCAUUGCUGUGUUUUACGCGCUCCAUUAAUUGUAAUAAAACAGCAUUACUGACAUCUAAUACAGCUGCAAUUCCGGUUUUGCCAUGUAAAUCAGAACCGUCAUCUGUUACAGAUUGUUUUUCAGUCUUUUCCAAUGGUGAGCUCGUUUAGAAAAUCGUACGCAGGGUCGGAGUGAGAUGAAUCCGGGCACUUCUCCGAGCAUGGCCAACGAUAAUAAAAUUCAGUUUUGGAGGAGAAACGCCAAGGUUCCUGGGAGCUUACAGCCGGUGUACGGGGCACAGCACCCCCCUCUAGAUCCCAGAAUUCACCGCGCGUUUUUGAAAGACGCCCCGAAGCCGAACACGCUGCCCGCGAAGUCCAAGAAGGCCUCCAGCUUCCACGAGUUCGCCCGCAGCACCAACGACGCCUGGGACAUCGGCGACGACGAGGACGAGGACUUUUUGGCCGCCGCCCGUCUGUCGUCCCCGCCCCCCCCGCCGCCGCCGUCUGCGCCCCAGCCCCCUCCGCCGGCCUCCUCGGACGACCUCGACGCCCCCGACGAGCCGCCGACGGACGACGCCGGGCCGCUCCCGAAACCGGAGGGUGGGCGGGACCUGGCCAAGAUUGACAGCAGGCCGACCAAUGGGAGGGUGGUUAAGUCCUGCAGCGAGGCGCAGCUCAGCACUGCUAAAGUUCGCACGCCCAUCCAGAAGCAGCAGUCGCUCCCCAUCCGGCCCAUAGUCCCGCUGGUCGCCCGCAUCUCGGACCAGAACGCCUCCGGGGCCCCGCCCAUGACGGUCCGGGAGAAGAGCCGGCUGGACAAGUUCCGGCAGCUCCUGGCGAGCCCCAACACGGACCUGGAUGAGCUGCGGAAGCUGAGCUGGUCGGGGAUCCCCAGAGAAAUGCGCCCCAUCACCUGGAGGCUCCUCUCGGGUUAUCUUCCUGCCAACAUGGAGAGGAGGGAUUUGGUUUUGAAGAGGAAGAGGGACGAGUAUUUUGGCUUCAUUGAGCAGUAUUACCACUCCAGGACCGACGAGAACCACAGGGACACAUACAGACAGAUCCACAUCGACAUUCCCAGGACGAACCCUCUGAUCCCCCUGUUCCAGCAGCCCCUGGUGCAGGAGGUGUUUGAAAGAAUCCUGUUCAUCUGGGCCAUCCGCCACCCUGCCAGCGGUUACGUCCAGGGCAUCAACGACCUGGUCACCCCCUUCUUUGUGGUCUUCCUCUCCGAGUUUGUGGAGGAGGACGUGGAGAACUUUGAGAUGGCCGGCCUUCCUCUGGAGUGCCAGAGGAACAUCGAGGCGGACAGCUUCUGGUGCAUGAGCAAGCUGCUGGACGGGAUACAGGAUAACUACACUUUUGCCCAGCCGGGGAUCCAGAUCAAAGUGAAGGCCCUGGAGGAGCUGGUCAGCAGGAUUGAUGAGGACGUGCACAGCCACUUCCAGAGGUACGAGGUGGAGUACCUGCAGUUCGCCUUCCGCUGGAUGAACAACCUGCUGAUGAGGGAGCUGCCCCUGCGCUGCACUAUCCGCCUCUGGGACACUUACCAGGCAGAGGCUGAGGGGUUCUCCCACUUCCACCUGUACGUCUGCGCUGCGUUCCUCAUCGAGUGGCGAAAGGAGAUCCUCUCCAUGGUGGACUUUCAGGGCCUGCUCAUGCUCUUGCAGAACCUUCCCACAAUCCACUGGGGCAACGAGGAAGUCGGACUGCUGCUCGCCGAGGCCUACAGGCUCAAGUACAUGUUUGCCGACGCGCCCAAUCACUACCGGAGAUAGGCCAGGCCGCCCGCCAAUCAGGCCGACCGCCAAUCAGGCCGCCCGCCAAUCAGGCCGCCCUGACCCUCGAGACUGACACACCCACGGACACAAAAAAAAACGAAAAAAAAACCCUCUCACAAAACGUGCUCUGCUGUGAAACGGAUUCUCCUUCCUGUUGCUGAAUCAACUCUUGUGCACGCGUGCGUGAUGCGUACACACGUGAGCGUGCGGGUGCACGCGUGCGUGAUGCGUACACACGUGAACGUGCGGGUGCGGACGAAAACACACCGCCAGACCCACAGGCAAAAAAGGAGGACCUCACAGAGAGCACGGUGGACCCCCCCGGCCCCCAUUUUAUCCACUCCUCCCCUCUCAUUGGUCCAUUGGCAGGAA